CCCCAGAUACUCACCCCACCCGAACGGGCCCCCGGUGGCCCUACCGUGCCCAUUGCCCCAGCCCCCAAGGCCCCAACUCAAACGCCGCCGCCGCCCAAGCCCAAAAGCGCCGGCUGGAGAGAGAGCGCCGCCGCCGCCGCGAAUCCGGCGGGAGGAUGGACGCGUCGGCCGGCGGCGGCGGGAACUCCCUGCCGACCACCGGCGCGGACGGCUCGAAGCGCCGCGUCUGCUACUUCUACGACGCGGAGGUGGGCAACUACUACUACGGGCAGGGCCACCCGAUGAAGCCGCACCGCAUCCGCAUGACCCACGCGCUGCUCGGCCGCUACGGCCUCCUCGACCAGAUGCAGGUGCUCCGCCCCCACCCCGCCCGCGACCGCGACCUCUGCCGCUUCCACGCCGACGACUACGUCGCCUUCCUCCGCUCCGUCACCCCCGAGACGCAGCAGGACCAGAUCCGCGCGCUCAAGCGGUUCAACGUCGGCGAGGACUGCCCCGUCUUCGACGGGCUCUACAGCUUCUGCCAGACCUACGCGGGGGGAUCCGUUGGGGGCGCCGUCAAGCUCAACCACGGCCACGACAUCGCCAUCAACUGGGCCGGCGGGCUCCACCACGCCAAGAAGUGCGAGGCCUCCGGCUUCUGCUAUGUCAAUGACAUCGUCCUCGCCAUCCUCGAGCUCCUCAAGUACCACCAGCGCGUUCUGUACGUCGAUAUUGAUAUCCACCACGGGGACGGCGUGGAGGAGGCAUUUUACACCACGGACAGGGUGAUGACGGUCUCGUUCCACAAGUUUGGGGAUUAUUUCCCUGGGACAGGGGACAUUCGUGACGUUGGACACUCAAAGGGGAAGUACUACUCACUGAAUGUCCCGUUGGAUGAUGGUAUUGAUGACGAGAGCUACCAGUCAUUGUUCAAGCCGAUAAUGGGCAAGGUGAUGGAGGUCUUCAACCCUGGUGCCGUCGUGCUUCAGUGCGGUGCCGAUUCCUUGUCGGGUGAUAGGUUGGGCUGUUUCAACCUAUCUAUUAAGGGGCAUGCGGAAUGUGUGAGAUUCAUGAGGUCCUUCAAUGUCCCGCUGUUGCUGCUUGGUGGUGGUGGAUAUACCAUAAGAAAUGUUGCACGAUGUUGGUGCUAUGAGACAGGAGUUGCCCUGGGUCAUGAGCUCACUGACAAGAUGCCCGCUAAUGAGUAUUAUGAGUAUUUUGGUCCAGAUUACACUCUACAUGUUGCUCCAAGUAACAUGGAGAACAAAAACACACGACAUCAAUUGGAUGAUAUAAGAUCAAAACUUCUUGAUAAUCUAUCAAAACUCCGACAUUCUCCUAGUGUCCAAUUUCAAGAGCGACCUCCAGAGACUGAGUUACCUGAGCAAGAUGAAGAUAAAGAGAACCCUGAUGAAAGACGCGAUGCUGAUUCUGAUGUGGAAAUGAAUGAUGCCAAGCCUCUUGAGGACUCUGGAAGGAGAAGCAGCAUACAAGGUGUAAGAAUGAAGAAAGAACCUUCUGAGACAGAGGCAACUGAUCUGGAUGUUAAUAGUGUAGCUGCAGAACAUUCAAGAGGCAGUGUACCUGUGGCUGAUGGAGUUGGUUCCUCAAAACAAACACUGCCUAAUGAUACAAGUCCAAUGGCCAUAGACGAACCAGGUGCUCCGAAAGUUGAAACAGAGAUCUCAAACAAAUUGCAGGACCAACCAACGAUGAACCAGAAACCAUGAUUAUGCACCUUAACUUAGUACCUGAUGCCAUUGCAUCCGUAGCCUGUAGAUUCUUUUUGUGCAAGUUCAUUGACCGUAGGCAAGCUAUGGCAGUCGAAAAAACUGAAGCAGGGAGCUGAAACAAAUGUGACACGACCAGAUUAUGCAUCUUGGCUCAUUAUGUUUUGUUCAUUACAUUUGUGUUUCCAACAUGUGCAAAUGAUGGUUGUUUCGUCAUGGAAGCUUUAUCCUUAAACCUCUAGCUGCUGCAGAGGAAUUGAUGUUAGCUGCUGCAGAGGAAUUGAUUAUUGAUGUUAUUAAAUUGUGUGGACCAAGAGCAGUGUUUUUUUGCGUAGAUGGCACUUUUGGCGCA